AUGGUCGUUUUCACCAACGAGGCUUUGAGCCGCCUCUGCUCCGAGGACAGACUUGCGCUGUUGGAUUCGAUCGAUCGUCUACGCUUGCAGGGUAUCAAGAACUAUGUCUCCCUGCACCAGAUCAUUGUCUGCGGCGACCAGUCAUCAGGCAAGAGCUCCAGCAAGUUGUGCACCCGCUUUCCCACCGAGCUCAUCUUGCGCAGGACAGCGCAUUUCAGCUCCCGCGUCUCCAUCAUCCCGCAUGAAUCUCGCCCGGAAUCCGAGCAGAUUGCCCUGCGCAAUUUCCACGAGCGCAAAGUUUGCCAUGGGCAUCACGCCCCAUGGAAGAGCAUUCGCGCAGGAUAUCCUCCGUGCGGAGGUCACGGGGCAGACCACCCACAUCUAACCAUUGUCGACCUACCCGGACUCAUCCACGCCGAGACCAAGCACCAGUCAAGCGCCGACGUGGAACUGAUCAAGGGCCUCAUCCAGUCCUACAUGAACGAGUCAAGGUGCAUCAUUCUAGCCGUUUUCUCACCCAAAACGGCUUUGCCAACCAGGUGGACCUAAAAAUUGGCUGGCGAGGCCGACAAGACGGGGAACCGAACUUUGGGUAUCAUUACAAAGCCCGGCACGCUGGCCCCCGGGGAUUAGAGCGAAGCUCUGUACGUUUCUCUUGCUAGGAGCCAGCAGGUUGCGUUCCGCCUUGGUUGGCAUGUCCUGAAGGACAAGGACUCGGAGAAGGGUACAUCGUCUCUCGUCGAGCGGGAUGCCGAAGAAGCCACCUAUUUUAGCUCCGGGGCAUGGGCCCUUCUAUCCCCUUCAUUGCUCAGAAUGUUACAAGGAAGAGUCGGCUCACACUCUGUGCACAAGCGAGACACGAUGGCUGGGACCGUUCCUACUCAAGAUGUCCAGACGCGGCUGGACCACA